ACAUGCUGUUCCAAUUCGAUCCCCACAUUGGUAGCUUUUAGAUCUUUCUCGAAGUCACCAACUCCACGCCUCUGUUACUGCCAUUUGUAAACCAUUUUGAUUCUCUUUACUUCUGAUAAAUAGCAGUGUGUUUUAGCUUUGGUGUUUCUGUGUUUCACGUAUGCAUCAUUUCAUGGCUUCUUCAAUGCUUAAUGGAACUGAAUAUGUGAAGCUCAUUAAUGGAGUAACCCCAUCAGGGUUAGGCUUUUUGGGGUCAAAUUUUCAUUUUAAGGGUUUGUCACAAAAGGGUUUACUUUGUUAUACCAAGAAUCAGAAGACUAGAAUCUUAGCACCUAGAUGCAGUAUAUCAUCCUCAAGGCCUGCUUCUCAGCCUAGGUUCAUACAACACAAGAAAGAAGCAUUUUGGUUUUAUAGGUUUUUAUCAAUAGUGUAUGAUCAUAUCAUAAACCCUGGUCAUUGGACCGAGGAUAUGCGAGAUGAAGCGCUCGAGCCUGCCGAUCUUUAUAGUAGGAAUAUGACGGUAGUCGAUGUCGGUGGCGGAACCGGGUUCACGACUCUUGGUAUAGUGAAGCAUGUUGAUGCUAAGAAUGUCACAAUUCUUGAUCAGUCACCUCACCAACUUGCCAAGGCCAAGCAAAAAGAACCUUUGAAGGAAUGCAAAAUAAUUGAGGGUGAUGCUGAGGAUCUCCCAUUUCCUACUGAUUACGCGGACAGAUACGUGUCUGCGGGAAGUAUCGAGUACUGGCCAGACCCGCAGCGCGGGAUCAAGGAGGCUUACAGGGUACUGAAAAUAGGAGGGAAAGCCUGUGUUAUAGGUCCUGUAUAUCCAACAUUCUGGUUGUCUCGAUUUUUCGCGGAUAUGUGGAUGCUUUUUCCGAAAGAGGAAGAGUACAUAGAAUGGUUCGAAAAGGCUGGUUUCAAAGAUGUGAAACUCAAAAGGAUCGGACCAAAAUGGUAUCGUGGUGUUCGAAGACAUGGCUUGAUCAUGGGUUGUUCUGUGACUGGAGUGAAGCCCUUGUCAGGAGACUCUCCAUUGAAGCUUGGUCCUAAAGCGGAGGAUGUGAAGAAACCUGUUAAUCCAUUUGUCUUCCUUUUUCGGUUCAUAAUUGGGGCAAUAGCAGCAACUUACUUUGUAUUGGUUCCCAUUUACAUGUGGCUCAAAGAUCAAAUUGUUCCAAAGGGCCAGCCUAUAUGAGAUGAGUCAACUACAGAACAAUGAAUUACUGGUUCUAUGUUUCUGCUCCUCUUUACAAGGUUUUGUAAUUAGCCAUGUUUUUGCUCCUCUUUAAUGCCAUAAGUGUGUUUAAUUAAUGUUUAUGUAAACUAUGUUAGUUAGUAGUUUGUAUCAUAUACAUUUUGAUAUAUAUACACAUAUAUGUAUGUGAGAUUGUACUAUAUCCUUUCGGGGAUUAUCUAGAGGUAUUGGAAAUUAGCAAGUUCAUUGUUUGAGUGUA